UGCGCUCGUCGGCCGUACCAUCGCUGCUCCUCCCCCGCGCACUCGUCCUCUUGAACCCUAACUUAAAUUCCCCUCCCUUCGAUCGCCUGCGAGCGGCCUCCUUACCGAUGGCGUCCUCUUCCUCCUCUGGGAGCGACCGGGACGACGCCUUUGACGCGGACAUGGAGGCACUGCGCAGGGCCUGCAUGCUCACCGGCGCUGACCCCUCCAACGUAGGCGGUGCUGGAUCCGAUUCCGAAUCAGAAUCCGGACCGGAGAGCGGCGGGACCGACGAUGCCGGCCUCCUCCGCCGCAUGCGGGAGCGGUUCUCUUCGCCCUCCCCGGCUCUGAAUUCCUUGCCUUUUAACAAGCCCUCGAGUACUCUCCCGCAGGAGUCUGAUCGUGAGGAUGAUUUCGAAACCCUUCGUGCAGUCCAGAAGAGGUUUAAGCAGUUCGAGAGCGAUUCUCUGAGGAAGAAGCCUGGAAAACUUCUAGAAGAACCUGAGAUAGCUGUUGGUAUUGAUGUGUGUGGGCCUGAAACUCCUAAUAGAUCCACAGAAUUGAGCAAAGAGCUUGGCUACAGUUAUAAUGAAUCACACACCCUAGAGCACGAAGAAUGCAAUUCAAUUGUUAGGGAUUUGAUGCAUCCUAAGUUCCCAAAGUCUGCUCAGAAUUUUGUUGAUGCUCUCAAGAAGAACAGGUCAUGUCAGAAACUUAUUAGGAGGAAGCUGAUAGAAAUUGAAGCAAAGAUUGAAAAAAAUAAAGAACUGAAAGAACGUAUCAAAUGUCUUAUGAACUUUCAGGUUGCCUGCAAAAGGAAAGUGAUGAAUGUUUUAUGUCAAAGGAAGGACCCUCGUGUUAAGUUAAUAUCUGUGAAGAAACCUACAUCUGAAAAUUCUUCAAAGACUACUUUGAAGAAGCUUCCCGCCUUACAUUUUGGUCCAGGUGAAAACUCUCAUAUUUUAAGAUGUAGAAUGGUACUUGAAAGAUUCCCUGUCUCACUAUGUAAGCAACCAUGGUCAAAGACUGAGAAAGAAAAUCUUGCAAAGGGAAUAAAGCAACAGUACCAAGAGAUGUUGAUUUUGAACUCGAUGAAUAUGGAAAGUGAUGAAGAGGGUAUUACAGACUCAAGCAUAAUGUCUGCAACAACAUUAAGUGAUCUUGAGUUCACGCCUGAAAAAAUUCGAUCUUUCAUGCCUUUGGUAAAUUGGAAUCGGCUGGCUUCCAUGUAUGUCAUGGGCCGUUCUGGUACAGAAUGUGAGGCAAGGUGGUUAAACUGUGAAGAUCCGAUGAUUAAUCACAGUCCUUGGACAGUAAUGGAGGAUAAGAAGCUUUUGUUUAUUGUUCAACAAAGGGGCAUUUACAAUUGGAUAGAUAUUUCAAUUCUAUUGGGCACACACAGAACACCAUUUCAAUGUUUAUUACGUUAUCAACGGAGUCUAAAUCCUCAUAUUCUGAAAAAGGAGUGGACAGAAGAAGAUGAUGUGAAGCUUUCUGCGGCUGUCGAGAACUAUGGUGAUAAUAAGUGGCAGUUCAUAGCUUCUUGUCUAGAAGGCCGUACAGGUCCUCAGUGUUCUAAUAGGUGGAAAAAAACCCUUAACCCUGAGAGGAAGAAAGUAGGUAGGUGGUCUGUGGACGAGGAUAAACAGCUAAAAGUAGCAGUUAUGCUCUUUGGGGCCAAGAACUGGAACAAGAUAGCUUGGUUUGCACCUGGUCGGACACAAGUCCAAUGUCGAGAAAGGUGGCUUAACUGUUUAGAUCCAGCUUUAAAUUUAAAUCCAUGGACUGCAGAAGAGGAUGCCAAGUUGUUGGAUGCAAUAGCAGUUCAUGGAAAUUGUUGGUCUAAAAUUGCUGCUUGCAUACCUCCACGCACUGAUAACCAAUGCAGGAGGAGAUGGAAGAUUCUGCUUCCAGAAGAAGUGAAAUUGCUUCAAGCUGCGGCACAGAUAAAGAAGACUGCACUUAUAUCCAACUUUGUAGACCGAGAAAGUGAGCGACCAGCAAUUGGUCCAAAUGACUUUACAUCAAUCGUUAAUUCUACUAUAUCUGAAAAAACUGAUUAUGUGGAAGCUAGGAAGAAAAAGCUAAGUGAUCAUCAGCCAAAGAAGUCCAAAGCUAAGUCCAGAAGAGUCAUUAAAGAAAAUUCAAUGGAGGAUCAGGAUAUAAAUAAUUUUACUGAUACUGUUCCUGCUGACUUGGCUCAUCUACCAAGCACAGAAUCUAAUUCCACUGAGCAUCUUGGUAUCUGCAGAUCAGGGAAUAAAAGAUCAAGGUCUAGUGAUAAAAGACCAAGAAAAUCAAGAGUUAAAUCCGGAAGUCAUCUUAAAGAAAAUUCAACAAAGGAUUGCAUGAUAAAUACUUCAUCCGAUAUAGCUCCAGCCGGCAUGUCACUUACAACUGCUGUAAACUCGGCUUCUACAGAAGGUGUGUGCAUUGGCAGGACAACGGAUAUAACAUUGAGUGAAAAUCAACAAAGUACUGACAGACAUUUAGUACCGGAUACAAGUGCUGACAAUUCUGCUACAGAGAGCAUCAGUUGCUGGAGUAAAAGAGCCAAAAGGAAGCACGAACAAUUAAAAAGUGGGGCAUUAGAAACUACUGCUGGUGGAACUGUUGGUGACAGUCUACUGGUUUCUGAGACAGAUUAUUCUGCCAUCAUUACUAAUCACAGUCAGAGGGCAAGAAAUACCAAAUCAAGAGGACCUGGAGCAAAUGAUCAAAGGGGGAAUUCUUGUGAAAACGUAAGCAGAAAAAAUAAGAUGCAGUGCAAAGGAACUCCCAGAACUAUGUAUGUUGGUGAUGUUGAUGAUUCAUCUCUUCUCAUGGCAUUUAAUAAGAAAGAAAAAAGAAAAGGAGAAAAUAUGGUGUUUGAAGAGAACACACAAGCUGCUGAGGAUCCAUUUAAGACGAUAGCUAUAUGUUGUGGUGGUGGUGAUGAUGAUGAUGAUGAUUCAUCUCUUCUUGCCACAUUUUAUAAGAAAGCAAAAAGAAAACAGAAAUGUAUAGUUACCAAAGAGAACACACAGGCUGCCAAAUAAAUUGCAGCAACCAAGUGAAAACACAGAGAUGUUAGGACAUUUUGAAAGAGAUGAAUGCAAGUAUUCAUUCA